GAGAGACGGCGACGCUCUCCUUGACCCACGUCAGAUAUUCAUUUGCCAUAUACAUUACCCUCGGCCGCUUCCGAUCUCUGUUCCUUCCAUUUGUUUUCUUUUUUCACAAUCCGGUCGAUAUGGCGGCAUCCUGCCACCGAAUCUCCACCGGCAACGCCUUAUCAGCUGAUGCAAAUUCGCAUAUACAAACAAAGCGGAACCGACGACUAUCCUCUGAAUCACAAUUCCUCUCUACUCCAAAUCAAUGGCAAAGAGGCGGUAUCGUUCUGACAACGAGUAGGCGACGAUGGCUGAUUGAAGCGGUGCCACCGGUGGAACGAUUUGAAGACGACGGAGGAGAGGAGAAGAGGAAAUUAAUAAGUACGGUUUGCUCGUACGCUUUACAGGACAAACAGGACGUUGUCGGAGACGAGGAUGAGGAGACGGUCGAAAACGUAGAUCGAGAUUGGAGGCGGAGGAGGACGGAGGUUGCUGUGGCGGCGAUUGUUACAAUGGCGCUAGGAGUAGGGAAUCGAGUCCUGUAUAAGCUCGCUUUGGUUCCAUUGAAGAAGUACCCGUUCUUCUUAGCUCAGCUCGCCACUUUCGGAUAUGUGGCAGUGUACUUCUCCAUCUUACAUUUCCGAUACCGAGCUGGCAUUGUUACAGAUGAAAUGCUUUCCAUGCCAAAAGCUCCUCUUCUUGUUGUUGGUCUCUUAGAAGCUCUUGGUGCUGUUUGUGGAAUGGCAGCCGGAGCCGUACUUUCAGGAGCAGCGAUUCCAAUUUUAUCACAGAGCUUUCUCGUUUGGCAAAUCAUCUUGUCAUAUAUUUUUCUUAAAAGGAGAUACAAAUUCAAUCAGUUAUUCGGAUGCUUUCUUGUUGCCCUCGGUGUCGUUAUUACAGUUGCCAGUGGAUCUAGUGCUGGUUCAUUAAUGGAAGCCGGUAUAUUUUGGAGUCUUUUAAUGAUCGUUUCCUUUUUAUUUCAAGCUGGUGACACCAUUCUAAAGGAAGUCAUUUUCUUGGAUGCGACUAAAAAGUUAAAGGGAGGCUCUGUGGAUCUAUUUGUUUUAAAUUCAUAUGGAUCUGCAUUCCAGGCGCUUUUUAUUUGCCUUCUCCUACCAUUGUUGUCAAGGUUAUGGGGUAUCCCUUUUCAUCAACUCCCAAACUAUCUUUCAGAUGGAGCAGCUUGCUUUCUAAACAUUGGCACUGUAUCAAGUGGAUGUGAGGGAGCUCCAUUGUUACCAUUGCUGUUUUGUAUAGUGAAUAUGGGGUACAACAUAUCGUUGUUGCAUCUAAUAAAAAUCUCAUCUGCUGUUGUAUCUUCUCUUGCUUCAACAGUUUCUGUUCCAAUAUCUGUGUUUUUGUUCACGUUGCCAUUACCAUAUUUGGGGGUGGCGUCUUCUCUCCCACCAGGGUUUAUAGGAGGUGCAGUGGUGCUUGUGAUGGGGAUGUUGAUUUAUGCAUGGACACCAUCCACACGUGCUCCAAUUCCAUCACCUUUCACUAGCACGUGAUCAUUAUUACAAAGUUUGUAGUAUAGAAAUUGGUAGAUUGUUGUUGUUGUUGUUGUCGACAUAAAUUGGUCAAUUAAAGUUUUGGCUUUUUGAUUACCUAUUUCUCUAUAAAUGAAAUUGAAAAAAAAAAAUUGCUCGUUAAAACUAUAUUUCCUUUUAUAAAGCCAAAAACAUGCAUAAAUGAAAGUGACUAAGCAUGGUAUUGGCACAAUAGGAUAUGUGAUAUUGAAAUAUGUUAGUUUGUUUAAUUAAUUGGAAAUGUAAGAAAGUAAAAGAUAGAAGUUGAUGG